AUGAGUUCCUACAGCGGAACACCCUCGCCUAAGGAUAAGCCAGAUGGUACUCCAGACUAUGAAAUCAUACCCAGACCAGAACUCACAUUUGGCGUAGAACUCGAGUUUGGCAUCGCUCUUCUUCCUCGAGGUUACAUAGAUCCACAUCCGGAAGAUGCCCGCAAAGUCUACGGUAUAUUGGAACCUGACCGACCAGAAUUCAAACUUGCUGAUAUUCUCUGCUUAGGGCUCCACGAACCUGAGUGUAUCGAAGACGAGAUAGAAGAGAUUGCACCUAUCCAACUACAUAUCGCAAAUACUUUGAGAACACAAGGUGUCUUUAUGUGUAGUGAUGUAGACGGUGAUAAGACGGAUUAUGACUUGGGUAGUUCAUGGCUCGUAAAAUCGGAUCCCAGUAUCAAAUUCCCACCUUUGAACUACAAGUUUCGCGAUAUCGAGGUAGUAUCCCCUCCAUUCCACUUCUGCAAAGAGGCACUGAACGAAGUGAAAGUUGUUUGCCAGACUUUGCCUACCCACUAUCGACUCAUCUCAAACACGACAUGUUCGACUCAUGUUCACGUAGGAAAUGGAGUUCAGGGCUUCACAGUAACGCAUCUUCGAAGCCUUAUGGCUCUACUAUGGGCUUUUGAACCUCAACUGGAUACCCUGCAUCCCCAGCAUAGGGUGGGACGGACCAGAUAUAAUGGGUCUCUUCGAGAGCAUUCCAAACUGGGACUCAAGCUCCGGGCGAAAGGAAUGAAAUCGAGAGAUGGGUUGCGGCGUAUAUUUCGAACAGAGGAGAUCAACGAAAUCGCGGACAUACUUAGCGUGCCCAGCUACCAGACACAGAUGCCGUACACUAUAGCAUACAGCAUUACCAACCUCAUGGAGAAGGGAAGGCCCGACUCAUAUGAAGACUUCGUUGAAGCGGAACAAACCAAGAAGAAAGUGGAAUUUCGCCAUCACGAAGGGACAUUCGAUGCAGAAGCCGUGACGCAGUGGAUCAGGCUUUGCGUUCGGCUGGUCGAAUUCGCGGAAGAGGUACGACCAGACAUGUUGCAAGCCUGGUUGGAAGCAUACAUCGACACAAACUACAAUGUAACACAGAUACUCGAAGCUAUCAAAGCGCCACAGGCAGCUGAGUAUUAUGGGAAGAAACUAGCUGAAAGAGCGGCAAGGGGACCGGACACAAGCGAGAGGAUCGUCCCUAACUUCCAUGUAGACCAUCUUGAGGAAUCAAUGAUAAAUAAUUACCUUCGUGAGCUUGGAGGCUGCUGUCAAGCGCGCGACAAGAGACGAUAUAAUUAG